AUGAUCAGCAUUCUCGCUCAGGAGCGUCUCCUUGGCGCCACGCUGGGUAGCGCCUUGACUGGGUUCGUCGUCUUCGAGCAGCGAAAGCUCAUCCAUGAAUCCGUCGCUGAUCGUAAAUCUCAAUCCGUUGAUCAAUCUCAGGUGAGAGAUCGCAUAUUCGGGAAGAAAUAUCGCAUGGAAUUUGCAUCUCUGUGGAACAAAGCUGUGGACCAGACCUUUGAACCGGCAAUUGAAUAUCUUAGCUCCCGUAAAUGGUAG